AUGGCAGACCCAUUGGACUCCGGAGAUGAUAUCUUCGAUAGGCUCAAGAAAGGGGUGGAUCCAAAACUGCAGGAGGAGAAGACGAGACUGGCAAAUGAGAGGGAGUUAGCACAAGUCGAGAAAGCUCAGCGGCGGCUGGGAGAGCUGAUUCAAGACAAUUCCACGUUACCCACUACCAUAUCCUCAAUACGCAUUCUCAAUGCAACGAACACACGAAAAGGAUUCCUUGACCGCAUCUUCAAUCCAAUCAUUAGUGCCAACCAAGAUCGCCCUUACACACUAGCUGAAGCUAUCCGAGAAGUCUCAAUUGGGGCGGACAAGCUUCACAAACUCGAUGUCUUUCAUGAACCUAUCUCACUCUUCAUCGACCGACCUUCUCACACCGACCCGUCGAUGACACCUACAGACAUUGACAUAUACCUCUCCGUUGUAGAGAAAUCACGAUUCAAGUUCAAAACAGGUACCGAUAUUGGGAAUGCAGAAGGAUCUGCCUACGUCCAUGGCCUUGCACGCAACAUAUUUGGUGGUGCAGAAAGCCUGAACGUCAACGCUUCGUUCGGAACACGGACACGAUCAGCAUACCAAGCCAGCUUUGAAACCCCAAUACUAAGUAAUCCCGACCUUCGAUGGGAAUUUGGCGGGCUUGCUAGCUCGACUCAAAAGCCAUGGUCAAGCCACGAAGAAGUUCUUAAAGGCGGUUGGACGAAGCUCAGAUGGAUGGCUCUGGGUGGAGGCAUGCAUGAGUUGGGCUACAAUGGGGUUUGGAGACAAAUCACAGGUCUAGCCAGCAAUGCAUCGCCUACUGUUCGACGUGAUGCAGGAGAUAGCGUCAAGAGUAGUUUGACGCACACAUGGGUGAAGGAUCGACGAGACAACCCACAGCUUCCCACGAGAGGAUACCUUAAUAAAUCAACGCUGGAGCUGGCGGGAUGGGGCCCACUUCAAGGUGAUGUUGCCUUUGGAAAGGCAGAGGUUGAAGCGCAAGGUGCUAUACCUGUCCCCAUACCCGGGGUUCAAGGCGAAAGUGGAGUGUCCCUGACUACCGGCUUACGAGCUGGACUUCUUUACCCACUACCUUUGGGUACCGAGGCUGAGUCAAAGCCAUCUCGCAUCAAUGAUCGAUUCCAGCUAGGAGGACCAACAGACGUCAGAGGUUUUAGACUGUCUGGUCUAGGUCCCCGAGACGGCAGUGAUUCUCUGGGUGGGGACGUCUAUGCCGCUGGGAGUGCGAAUCUACUCUUCCCAAUACCGCGCGUGGGCAAAGACAAACCGUUCCGUUUCCAACUUUUUGCCAACGGUGGACGACUGCUUGCACUGAAGAAAUCCGAGAUUGAGGGUACAGACGGCGAGAAAGUGAAGCAGACCUUAUCACCCACUAUCGCUGAGCUGGGCAAUGGUUUACCUAGUAUGGCUGCUGGAUUCGGUUUGGUGUAUGCACAUCCUGUUGCAAGAUUCGAGCUCAACUUUUCGCUACCUCUUGUGCUUAGGAGAGGCGAAGACGGCAGAAAGGGACUGCAGUUCGGUAUUGGAAUCAACAUGCUAUAA